AUGGAGCAGAGACCCCCAAGAGUGCCCAAGCUGGCCUGGGUGAUGGAGGAGGAAGAAAGCCCUGAAAGUUCCUCAGCUGAGAAGACUGAAGAGGUGGUGCCGGUCCAGCAGCCGCAGGAGGGUGCUGCCACGGACCCAACACAAGAGCAGGAACCCACCGUUGGCCGCUUCCACAGAACAGCACGGCUGAUUUACAACUUCAUCAAGAGCAUUCGGCCCAAAGGGACCAGCAGCACGGGCACUAGGGUCAUAGCAUACUCAGACGUCUUCAAACAUGAAUUCUCUCCUGCCCUGCUGGAUUUGAUUGUGGAAAUGGGUGUUUCAAAACCCGACCAGGUGCCUGCCAUGGUGAGGUACAUCCACCAGUGGCUCCUGGCCAAUGAGUCUGCUGAGCACAGGCUGGACAGGAGCCUGCUGAAUCUCACUGAGGCACAGCCCACUGACGUGGUGAUGACUCUCCUGCGUGUGGCCCCAUCGUGUGACAGAGCUGCAGUGAUCAUGUGGAAGACGAUCAUGUCCUUACCCAAGACUGCGGAGGUGGUGCAGCAGCUACUCCUUGAUGUGCUGGGGAAGCUGGCCAGAGCAACUGUGGUGAUGUGGAAGAUCCUCCAGGAGCCUUGCUGCCCGCGUGUAGUGAUAGUGUUCUUCCCCCGCCUAUUUGUGCAUCUGCUCUUCCAAGUGUUCUUCAGCACUUUGGACAUGCCAGAGGAGGUCGAUAAAUUUUGGAAGAAAUGCCAGGAAGAACAUGGCCUUGCCACCAGCCCCAACAGAUUUGCAGUGCAGACCCUGAAGUCCCUGCUCUGCCAAAUGCAGUAUGAGGGUGUGGUGGUGUCAAUGGAACGCAAGCGUGCCUGGGACACGCUGCUCUGUGCUGACACCCACCACUAUGCAGUGGGUCUGCUGGCCAGGGAACUGCGCAAUGCCUCCAUGCACUUGUGUAAAAGCAUCUUAUGCUGCCUCCUUGAGAUGCUCAGCACAGAGAUGCCAUACUGGGAUUACCCUGCCCUGGCAUUCCUUGUGGAGGUCUUGGAUUGCCUGGACUUGAACGAAUGCACUGACAGAAUAAUGGAUGUCUUGUCAAGGCACCUGAAGUGCGAGUGCACAGAGAUUCGUCGCCAGGUUCUCAGGGCCCUCCUUCUGCUCAGGGACCAUCCCUUGCUGGUGAGAAGGAGGCAGUGGCUGCAGCUGCACUAA